UAUAAGAAGAGACGAAAAGUGUAGACAUCAACUUACCCGCAUGUCGAACUUGCCCCAAUCUCUGUCUAUGAACGCUGCUGCUUUCGGUGUUGGUGGUGGUAUUCCUCCUUCUCCUUCUGCCACCUCUCAAUCCUCCGCUGCUAACAAAGAUCGCAAGAUGGCUUCUGCUGAGCAACUCGUUCUCGAACUCAGUAACCCUGAACUCCGUGAAAAUGCUCUUCUCGAACUCUCCAAGAAGAGAGAGCUGUUUCAAGAUCUUGCUCCAUUGUUGUGGAAUUCAUUUGGUACUAUUGCAGCACUUUUGCAGGAAAUAGUUUCAAUAUACCCAGUUCUGUCACCACCCAAUCUGACUCCAGCACAAUCAAAUAGAGUGUGCAAUGCUCUUGCUCUACUCCAGUGUGUAGCAUCUCACCCUGAUACAAGGAUGCUGUUCCUCAAUGCUCACAUUCCAUUGUAUCUGUAUCCCUUCCUCAACACAACAAGCAAGUCAAGGCCUUUUGAGUACUUGAGGCUUACUAGUCUUGGUGUCAUCGGUGCAUUGGUUAAGGUUGAUGAUACAGAGGUUAUCAGUUUUCUGCUUUCGACCGAAAUCAUUCCCUUGUGCUUGCGCACUAUGGAAAUGGGAAGUGAACUUUCGAAAACAGUUGCAACAUUUAUUGUUCAAAAGAUUCUGUUGGACGAUGUGGGCUUGGAUUAUAUUUGUACUACAGCUGAGCGUUUCUUCGCAGUAGGUCGAGUUCUGGGAAACAUGGUGGCAGCUCUUGCUGAGCAACCAUCAUCUCGUCUGUUGAAGCAUAUCAUUCGCUGCUACCUUCGCCUUUCAGAUAAUCCAAGGGCUUGUGAUGCACUCAGAAGCUGUCUUCCAGACAUGUUAAGAGAUGCUACUUUCAGCAGCUGCCUUCAUGAGGACCCCACAACUAGGAAGUGGCUUCAACAAUUGCUUCACAACGUUGGAGUGAAUCGGGUUCCCGCACUACAAGGUGGAGGAGGUUUUGAUCAUCUUAUGGUGAAUUGAGUAUAAACUGUUAUAGUUCUUUGUUUCAUUGCUGGACUUGGUAUCAUCUCUCUGUUAUAUCUGGUUUAGAGAGGGUUUGGGUGUACUUAUUGGUAUACUAAUAAUAAAACUAUAUAUAUAUUAGAGGACAUGGUGGUGUUUGGCAGGUAACAGUUAUGUAGCCAAUUAGGUGGUGGUUCUUUUCACCCCGUGGCGUGAACACUCCACUUCUUUUAAGGAGUGUGUAGUGCACAUUUAUAUAUCAAAUAAUUCAAGUUUAAGACAUCAUUGACAAGUGCCUUUUUUA